AUGUCCUCUGCCUCGACGCCGCGCUCGACGCGCUCCGCGUCGCCGACCAGUGAUGCCAAUUCUCCCAACAUGCUCACUCCGGGGCAAAAGAUCAAGGCAAUGAUGGCAGAAUUCGAUAGCGACUCCGACUCCGACUCUCAAUCUCCGAAAAAGAAAUCUACAAUUCCGAAGCUGGACUUCGGAAAGAAGCACAGCUCCAACUCCAAAACGCGUCCACCUCAAUCUACUAGUAAUAACGCCUCUGACAACGACUCCGACGAUGCCGAUGACAUUGUUCGACCCCGAGGCCGUAUGGCUGCUCGAAUGCAAAACGACUCAAAUGACACAAGUCCACAGGAUUCUGCUUUCUCCCGUUUGUCCAAUGCUCUCCGAGCCGAGAGAGAACAGGCACAAAAACCAAGCCAGAAGAGCCCUGCACCUGCAGACGAGUCCAGCGAUGACGAACUCCCUACUGCUGGCCCAAAGCGAAAGAAUAACCUUCAAUCAAAGCGACCUACAACACCUGGUAGCCACCCAGCGGGCUCGCCUGUCGGCUCCCGCGCCGACUCGCCUCUGUUUGUCUCAUCGCCUGAAGCCUCAAGUGCCGAACCCGCAAUUCUUGAAGAAGAGGGACCAGCUCCAGACAAAAAUGCCAAGUUCCUUGCCUUGGUGGCCCAAAAGCGCACGGAGCGUGAAGUGCGCGAGAAAGCCGAGGCGGAAGAAAAGGCCGCCAGACGGGCUAAGAUGGAGCAGUUCAGCUCUGAUAUCCUGUCUGGAGAAGAGAGUGAAGGUGGUGGUCCUGGAUCAGCCCAAAAAUUGUCUCAGAAGGCCCGCCAGCCGCGGAAGGCGAGCAAAAAGGCGUUGGAGGAGAUGAGCAGAGAGACUCAGCGAAUGAGCCGAAACAUGCAGCUUGCGCACCAGGCACAGACCAAAAAGAAGAUCACCAAAGAAAGUCUCUUUGCUCGUUUCAACUUCAUGCAAACAGAUGCCCCUCCAGCUGAACCCGCUGCGGUGAACUCUUCUUCGACAGCUGGUUCGCAAAACUCCUCUGAUGCCGAGGGACAAAAGGCCGAGACUCCCCGCACCUCACCUGUGCUUGGUCCCUCCGAUGCUGAAAAACCCGCCGCUGCUGAAGCAACAGGCCAAGACCAAACCGAAGGAGACAAGCCACAAGAGGAUGUGGAAAUGACUGAUCUCCCCACGCUUGAGGAGGUCAUUGCCGAUACUCAGUUCGAGCCGAAAGAUCUCAAGGGAAGUGCUAAUGCUCCGGUGACUGAUGCCCCGGCAAAAUCACCUUCGGGAAUUGCGAACAUGAACCAGGAGACCCGAAAGGUUACGCCGCCCUCUGUCCGUGUCCUCAUGUCUCGACAAGAGGUUGCGCAGCACCAACAUGAUGGAUCUGACAGUGAUGACCUCGAGGUUAUUACAUCUCCCGCCAAAUGCCGUCGCAUUGCCGCUUUCGAAAACCUACCCGCGAGAAAAGUGCAAGAAACCUCUUCCAUGACGAAGUUUAAAGCUCUGGCCCACCUCACCUCCCCAAACCGCAAGAUGAGCUCGAUGAGCUCUUCCGAGCUUUCUGCGAGUCUCUUGUAUAAGGCUCGGCAGCAGGCUGCCAAAGACCGACGCGAGCGCAUUGAAGAGCUGCGAGCGAAGGGUGUUGUCAUUGAAACUGCCGAGGAGCGAGCUGCCAUGGAGGACAAUGUGGAGGACCUGGUGGAGAAGGCCCGCAAGGAAGCCGAUGAUAUCGCACGAGAGGAGCGUGCCGCUAGGAGGAAGGCCAAGGGUCUUGAUCCUGAUGAUGAGGAAGAUGAUGAUGACUACACCUUCUCAGGAUCUGAAGACGGAUCGGGCGAGGACGAAAAUGAAGAUGAAGAUGACAAUAACAGCACUGCUGGCGAGAAUGGCUACUUUGAGCAAGAGGCAGAUGAGGGGGACGAGUCUUCUGGAGAUGAUUCUGAGGCCGCCGCAUCUGAUGUCGAACUUGAGGCACCUGGGUCACGACGAAAGCGCCGGACUCGCGUUGUCAGCGACGAUGAAGACGACGACGACAACAACAACGAACAGCAGAUCCCCUCUACACCUGUUCGACCCUCAGCCCAGAGCGCCCAAUCCGCCGAAAGACCCAAGUUCCCUGGCAUGGAAACACCGAACAUGUCUUUGGGUCUCACUCAAGCCUUCGCUGGCACUCUUGCUGAUGACGACGAUGCUACUGCCAGUCAACCCGGAUCUGGCACUAUUCCAUUCUCUCUUCCUGAUCCUGGCCAACCUGUCCCUAGACUUCGUGCGGAGGAUUCUGAAAUCCUCGUCAAGGACAGCCAGGAGCAACCAGAGUUCAUGCCAGCGCCCAGCCAAAAUUUCAAUAGCGUGUCUGAAUCUCCCGCGAGCCAUGGUUUCUCCCAGUUUUCACAAAUUCCCGACCCGACUCAGGACGAAGGAUUCGUCUUCUCGCCCUUCGACCCCGCGAAGCGAUUCCGAGAAACGCCACCAGUUUCGACUAUUGACACUGUCAUUGUUGGCCAGAGCCAAUCACCUAUUGCCCAGCGCAAAGCUGGAAAGCUUCGACGUGGACGUGCCAACCUGUCCAUGGUUGAGGAAGAGAAUGAAGACGAGGGCGACUAUGAAGUCAGUGCCAAUGCUUUCAACAUCAUGAAGAAGUCGGCGAAGAAGGCCAAGGCACAUGUUCCUUAUGAUAAGAAGAACAGCAAGGCGAAGGGUGUUGUGGACGAGGCGGCUGAGGAGUCCGAGGAUGAAUAUGCUGGUAUCGGUGGUGCUAGCGAUGACAGCGACGGCGAAGAAGACGUCCGUGACUUGCAGAUGAUCAACGACAACAGUGGCGAAGUCGUUGAUGAGAAAGAACUUGCUGCGCUGAAUGCUUCUCACCAGCGAAACCGAGACGAGAAGGAUGUUGCCAAGCUGCUCAAGGAUAUCACGACUGGAGCUUUGCGUCGUCGCCGCGGCCCGGAUGAUGAUUUCGAUCUCGAUGACUCGGACGACGAGCAACAAGCACGUCGCCGUGAAAAGCAGCGUGAAUUCGCCAAGAUGCGCAGAGCUCUUCUCGCCGAUGACAAAGUGGGCGAGCUUGCCGAGAACCCCAAGAAGGCCGCAUUCUUCAAGGCCAUUGAAGACCGCGACGAGCAGGACGACUUUGAGCUGGACUUCCUGGAGGAGAACGAAGGAGGAUCCCAGAAUGAGUCCUCUCAGGAUAUAGCUGCCGCUCCGCAGACCGAGUCUGCGGAAGACAAGGAUAGUAGGAAGCGCAAGCGACCUCUUGAGCCAUCUGCCGAAGAUGCCACCAACCGACCUCCGCCUCAUCUCCGUCGGACCGCCGCCAGUGCCAUGUCUAAGAAACCUGCUACUCUGGCUGAGAUCCGCGAGACCCUGUCUUUCCUGACCGAGACACCCGAAUACGACUCCUUCCACGAGGACGCAUCCCUGGAUGAAGAUGCAGGUGAAGAUGAUGAAGAUGACGCCAACUCUGGGAAUGAUCAAGCCUACUCCGACGACAACCAAACCCAGUCCAAGGAAUCCUUCGCCAAACCCAGCCACCCGCGCCGCACUCGCGGCACCGUCGUCGAUCGACUUGCCCUGCUGCGCCAGGCAUCUUCCAACUCCGCAACCGCAACGAACUCCACCUCAACAAGCAAUCCCAAGAUGGCAUUCCACAACGGCGGUAGCUCCGAGGGACCUAUCGGCUUCCGUCCGCCCCAGCUCCUGCGCCGUGUUACCUCAGGUUCUUCCUCGAGCAACUCCACCACAUCCAGUAGCUCCAGCAAAAUCCCUAGAGCUGCCGCGUCAGGCUCGAAGAAGGGCGGAGCUGUCAACUCCUACACCGCCGCUCGUGAGCAGGAACGCGAGAGACAAUUGCGUGUUAAGCAGCGGAAUGGUGGUUCUAAUAUCGCCAAGCUGCUGAACAAGCAUGCUAAUAUUAAAUUGGGUGCAUUGGCUGGUAAGGGACAGUGGGAUUGA